AUGCAGCUGGAAGCUCUUUCAAUGCUGACAAUUGGACAGCUAGCAGAGGUGGCCGCCAGACCUGGUCAGCUCACCUCUGCCGCCCAGGUUGAAAUGUUGGCGGGACUCAUCCCAGACAGACACUUACCUGACUUCUUUGACGACUUCUCCACUGCUAUCGUUGGUCACGAGGACAUGCUCCAACAUGAUGUGAGAACAGCCAUGUUGCAGGUCGUGUUUAAUCGUGCAAACCUCUCAAAUCCCUCAGUCAGUGAUUCAGUGGUGUUCGUUUGGCUCCACGUCAGAAUGCGCCCCCUGGUGCACAACAUGUCACAUCUGCAGGUUGCGCCAUUCUUUCAAAUACUUUCUGGAAGAGGCUGCAAUAUCCAGCAGCUGGGAGUGGACAUUCUGAAUGGAACAAUCUCUUCACUCAGUGAUGUCACACAUGAAGAAGUCCAAACCCAUAUCAUACUGUCUCUUAGAGGACCGGUAGCUCUCCAGUGCUACGGUAACAACUUCAACCGCAGUUUUUACGAGUUCAUGGUGCGCUCGUUCUUGGGAUUCCAGCUUCCCAAACUGAACGUCUUCCUGUCCCUCAUCAGUCACGACAGAACAAACCAGUUGGUGAACUCCAUGCCUCCAUCACAUCUUGGAGCCUUGCUCCAAACUCCUGAUUUUAUCAACAAUGAAACAGCGCUCUGUGACAUCUUCAACGUAUACGACCAGACGGCAGUUUUCCUUCAGACUGUGAUUCUCACGAAGGAGGUGCAGUGGCCCACGUUGUUUUGCGUCUGGCCAUUGGCUCUCAGGAUCACAGAGAAGUCAGAAGUGGACGCCUUCUUUAGUGGCCUUAGCAACAACAACUACACAGACCUGCUCGAUAGCAGUCUGAUCAGCCCCGAGAUCACACACAAUGCAUCCUGCCUCGCCUUCCAAAGGAUAGUUGCCAUUCUUGGUGAAUUCAACUUCAAUGCUGCAGACUUCCAGAGGUCAGAUGUGUUCCUCACCAUCAGGAGUUACCUCACCUCAGGCACAGUUCCAAGAUGCUACGAUCCCAGCAACCCAGACCUGAACUCUACAGCAUGGUUUGCUGAGUACAUCGGCCCUUUCAUUUCUUUCCUCACCCUGGAGGAUUUACUGUCUUUUGGAUCUCAGAGGUGAUCAGGGUGUUCACAGUGAACUCUCUGAACAUCGCCCUCCUCAACCAGGCUGGCUUACCUGCCAACC